AUGGAGGUCCAGAGCAGCCCGCCGUCCGAGCUGCACAGUCCCCCGCCGCCCGACGCGGCUAAGCGCCCGAGAGGCAUCCUGAAGAACUCGUACCGCGGUUCGCCGCCCACCUCCCCCACCAGGGAGAGGGAGAGGGCCUUGUCGGAGAAGGAGAUCGUCAUCCAGAACACGGCCGUCAACGCCGGCCACCGCCGCUCGUCUAGCGCCGCCUCGCGGCCCCCCGGCUCGCGCCGCCAGUCGUCGCGCACGCCCUCGGCCUCGGCCGGCGAGGAGGGCGAGAACGCGCAGUCGCAGGAGGCGCGCCUCAAGUGGGACGAGGCCAACCUGUACCUGACGGAGCAGGAGCGCACCAGCACCAUGAAGAUCACGGAGCCCAAGACGCCCUACGCCAAGCACUACGACCCGGCUGAGGACCCGGACGACGACGACGCCUACAUGGACGGCAGCGGCGACGCCAUCCCCGGCCUGAGCCUGGGCGAGCCCGAGGAGGCCGUGCCCGACGUGCCGCCCGCCGAGCGCAAGCCCAGCAAGGUCCACGUUAGCGACGAGGACGCCACCCCGCUGCACGACGCCGACGCCAACAUGCUGGGCAUGACCCCCGAGGAGCGCGAGAAGCACCGCCGCUUCGAGGAGCUGCGCAAGAAGCACUACGAGAUGAGCGAGGCCGUCGGCCUGCUCGGCCACCCCGAGAUCGUAGACGACGAGGACGUGGACGGGGACGACGACGACGACGACGACGACGGGGAGAAGAAGGUGCCCCCCGUGCCCAAGAUCCCGGCGGGCGUCAACGGCUCGUCAUAA